CUGACGGUGUCUCGUCAGUAGGUCCCACAGCCAGAAGCUGUCUUAGAGCCUGCAGUAGCUCUCCUGGUGUCUCACCCUCUCUCUCUCUCUCUCUCUCUCUCACUCCCUCACUCACCCUCGUUCUCUUCUGCCUGCCUGCUCCGUUACCCAUCACAUCUGUGCGUUCCGUCCUCCCCUCCCCUCUCCUCUCUUCUCCCUCGUAUCUCUCUCUCUCUCUCUCUCUCUGCGCCCGGCUGCAGCAGACUCAGAAGCCACAGGUUUGCCUUCGGUCAAACCGAGGACGUCAACUUCACAGACCUUCUGGAACCAAACGGAAAACCCACAAUUUUUGUGACCCAGUACUGGGACACUGUUUUCAUGUGAUCCUUCUACAUCUUGCGAGGUCUCUCUGCUUUUCUUUUGCUGCUGUUUCGCGACAGAGAGCUGAAGAUGAAGCAGAUUCUCAGCCUGCUCGUGCUGCAUCAUUCCAUCCUUGGAUUGUUCUUCUGCGUAGCUGAUGCCAAAGGAUCCUACGGCAGCCCGUACAGAUACAGCCUGUACAAGUCUGGCGCCGCCCCCCACUACACCCCCGGGAAGCCCAUGGGGAGGCACAAAAACCAUUGUGCUUAUGUGGUCCAGAAGAACAUCUCGUGCACAAUGCAAGAUGGAACCGAAACUUAUGUCAAAGCAGAAUAUAAGAAGUGUUCAUGGGGUCAGAAGUGUCCUACUGUUGUGUACCGGACCUUCUACAAACCCAAGUACAAGGUGGGCUACAAGGUUGUGACGGAGCUUGAAUGGAGGUGCUGCCCCGGCUUCUCGGGGGAGGGCUGCCACGAGGGCCCCACGCCGCUGCCGGACCUGAUGAUGCCGCCUUUCAAAGGGUCCGUACCCCGGCCGAAUUUCAAGGGCUACCCCUACGGUCGGCCGAGGCCACACCCAGGCCAGAAGUCAUUCCCCAGCGGUCACCUAGAGCCCAUGAAGCCGUUCCCGGUCGGCCCAGAGGAGGCGGAGCCCAUUCCCACUGGACUCCUGCCAUCAGGGCAAAUGAAAUCCAACUAUGGCCAGAAGUUUGCUGGAGUAACAGGAGAGCGCCUAGACCGCAUGGAGGAAGACCUCCGACGUUUGUCUCAGAGCCUAAACACGCUGAAUGGCUUUGUGACGGGUCUGGAGGAGCGGCUGCGCUCGUCCCUGCGAGAGGAGACUAACAAGGUGCUGGGGACCCUGCUUAACCCUGCGCCCCGGCUGUCGGACUCAUCCAUCGGCUUUGGUGUGAUCCCCGAUGGCACACCUGACGGCCUGGACGGCGGCGAGGGCUUCCCUGGCCUUGGGGACCUGGUAGGGAGGGUGACAGAGGUGAAGGAGGACCUUAGGACGAAGAGUGACAUGCUGGACGAGAUUCACGGUAUGGUGCUUGGGCACGACGGGCAGCUCAAGCAGCUGAUGCAGGUUGUCUCUGGCCAGCCGGGUUUUGACGGUUCUCAAAAGCCCCUGGAGGAGCUUCUGGAUACUCGACUGGCUAAUGUGCGAGCCGACAUCCUGGACGGCUUUGAAAGGCGGCUGUCAGGCGUGGAGAACCACUGUGAAGACCGCAUAGGGGAGGUGCAACGCAAGUGCCUGCAGGACCACAUCAGCGGCCAGGAACAGAUACAGUUGUCGCUCGACGGCAGAGAGACAGGCCUCAGGGAAGAGUUGGGCAGCCUGCAAGCUCAGAUCCAGGGCCUCACCCAGACGGAGAGCUGCUGUGGCCUGGUCUCCCACCUGGAACAGAGAGUACUGCUGCUGGAAGAAUCAGUAAAGGGUCUCACCGAGUCCCAGAGACAAUUCCAGACCAUGUUCCACGAGCACACGAUAACUCUACAGGCGACCCUGGAUGACAUGGAUUCCAGGAUCAACGUGACGGAGAAGGGGAGCUUCAGUGACAGAUUUCCAGAUGGCCUAGAAACCUUGGAUGGCUUCAAGGUCCUGCUGGACGAGAAGCUGAAGAGUCUCGGGGACCGGCUAUUUGUGGCUGUGGAAGAGAUGAGUAACGCCACGACACCGACCGUCUUGGAGGGACAAGUUGUGCCCACACUGGAAACAGAAAUUGAGUCGGUGCGUCAGAGGGUGGAGACUGGCCUGGAUGGGCUUCAGAAGCAGCUAACAGACUUGGAGCUCCUGUGCACUUCCGCCUGUUCCCCAGCUCCUGGAGAGGAUGUCACCCAGCUCCAUGCCGAGAUCGAGGAAUGCAAAGGUUUAGAGAAGAAGCUGUCAGGGCGGCUAGACACCUAUAAGGAUCAACUAGACAGGCUCAAUGGCUCCUUGCAGGCCUUGUUGGUCAGGCUAGAGAAGGAGGAGGCCGAGGGAUCGAUCCAGGGAGAGAUCACACUGCUGAAAGUUAGCGUCAACUCCGUGAACCGCACGCUGAAGGGUCUACGCGACUCGGUCAACCUGUUUGCCAGCGAGGUGACGCAUGCCAACUCUACAUGGCAGGAGCGAGAUGGCCGCCUGGCUGGGCAGAUGCAGGGCAUCGUGCAGAUGGUGGGCAGGCAGUCUGCACAGCUGGGCUCCAGCGAGCGCAGGCUGAUCCAGCUGAAGGCCGAACUGCAGAGCCUGGGGCGGCGGCUGGCCGGGGAGCUGCAGGGCUGCCGCAGCACAGCGCUGGACGUGCAGCAGGAGGUGCAGGCCGUGGACAGCCGUGUCACCAAGGUGGAGGGCAGCUGUGGCGGCCUGAGCGAGCUGGCCGAGGACCUGGAGCGCAUCCGCGGGGAGCUGGAGAGGCACUCGGACACCUACCUCUCACAGAUCAAUGGCACGCUUAGCAGCCACUCGCACCAGCUGACCGAGCUCCAGGACGGACUCAAGGACUGCCUGGGCAAAGCUGACCACCAGGGGGAGCAGUAGCUCUGGCUGCAUAAACACAAACUUUUACGGCUGUAUAGAUUGUAAAAUCUUCUCUCAAGUUUUAAUCUAAGGGGGCAUUUUCUCUAUAUACAUUUUUUGUGUUUGUUUUCCUGUGUUUUAUAUGAAUUUUAGCUGACCUUCUAACUUAUAUGAAAAAUGGUGACUGCAUUAAGUGCUAGACGUAUUUGUAAAAUGAUCAAACAAAGCAUAUGCUAUCACACCCUAAUAAGCUGCUACAGGUUUCUACUGCCAAGUCAAUUCUACUUUUUUUUCUUCACUUUGUAUUUUCCUUUUGAAAUACUGUAUGCCAACAUCAGAGGUGCUAAACUAUUGUAUACAUGUUUUACUGUCAAAAAUGUUCGUUAUAAUGUACAAAUAUAUAUAUAUAUAUUUCUGCUUAGUUUUAUAUCUUUAAACGAUAGUUUUCCUAACUAAAACACGAGAAGGUAACGCUGUUAAGUGUGAUGAAGAAAAACUACUAGACUGGAGAAUCUAAUGAAAUUCUGUGUGACCACAAGGUGUCAGUAAAGCGAACAAUGAAUAACAUUUAGGGAACGAGAAAGUGGAUUUUAUUUUUUACAUAUUUUCCUUAUUUGACAUAUCUAUUACAAAAGUAGGCAAUGUUUUACAAAUGUUGAUAAAGUGAAACGUUCAUUAAUUAAAGUGCAAUAUUAAUUUUUGAUAAA